CUUCAUCAUCAUUGACUGUGCCGCCGUCGUGGACGUCGUCGUCUUUCAUAGAGUUCUCCUGCAUCGCUGCUCUGCUGGGGUGUAAUAUAACACACUAAAAUUUACUUUUCUGUUGGCAUUGGCUCUGCUGUCUGGUGAGAAAAUGAGAGAUUCACAUACAUCGGCUUCUGUAAGAUACACCCAAUAACUGAAACGUGGUGUAAAAGCUUCGUUGUUAAUUUUCCCGAAGAAAAAGACAAGGAAAAACAAAGCAGAGAAAAAAAAACAAAGAAGCUAUUCUCGAAGUGAUUGUGAAAAACGCAAAUGAAGAAUCAGAAAAUCAGUGAAUGCGUGAAAACAAUUUUCGGGAGGAAAGAUUUUAUGUAAUUUUCGGUUGAGUGUGAUGCUGUGUGCGGCGAACCGCAUUUUGGUAGAGUUAUUUUGCAUACAGUCUAUAUAGCCAACAUACAGUUUUCACGUAGGAAAAGUGUUUUCGCUCAACUUCAAGUUAACCUACGCAAAAGGAAACCGUGAACCCCAGGCGAGAACAAGUGCAAGAACUGUCAUCAUUAUUUUCAGUGUACAGUUUAAAAGAAAAAGGACACAGAUCUAAAAUUCGGACUUUUAAAAAUAAUUACAUAAAAUUGAUAAUCUAAGGGGUCAUAAACCAAAUACAAAGGAAUGAGAAUGUAAAUUUUAAGGAAUAAAAUUCAACUGUAAACGAGUUUUCGCCACCGAAUUAGCAUUUUCGGCCAUAAUCCGCUCUUUCCGAAGGCUCAACUCAGCCGUGCAGCCUGUCAUCACUGAGAGACCCCGGGGCAGCUUAAAAUGGUGAUAGGAGAGCCAACCGCCAACAGUGGGGAGGCAAUGCCUCCCCCGCAGCAGCAGUUCACACCACAGAAGGCAACCAUCGAGAACAUAAUGAGUGGAAUUGAAAAUACCGGUACCGUGAAAAUGAAUAAUCACAGAAAAAAGUUGCGACAGCGAUUUGAUAUAAUUAAAAAACUUGGCCAAGGUACAUACGGUAAAGUGCAAUUGGGCAUCAACAAGGAAACGGGACAGGAGGUGGCCAUUAAGACAAUCAAAAAGAGUAAGAUCGAGACAGAAGCUGAUCUCAUUCGGAUACGGCGAGAAGUGCAAAUUAUGAGCUCCGUACAGCAUCCGAAUAUUAUUCACAUCUAUGAAGUUUUCGAAAACCGCGAGAAAAUGGUGCUAGUCAUGGAGUUUGCAGCAGGCGGUGAACUGUACGAUUACCUCUCAGAGCGAAAGGUGUUGGCAGAAGAGGAAGCGCGGCGAAUUUUUCGACAGGUAUCGACAGCAAUCUACUACUGCCAUAAGCACAAAAUAUGUCAUCGUGAUCUUAAGCUAGAAAAUAUAUUGUUGGACGAGCAUGGUAAUGCUAAAAUCGCUGAUUUUGGACUGUCCAACGUGUUUGAUGAGCAAAGACUGUUAGCGACAUUUUGCGGGUCCCCGCUGUAUGCCUCGCCAGAAAUUGUAAAGGGUACGCCAUACCUGGGACCGGAAGUAGAUUGUUGGUCUCUUGGUGUGCUUUUGUAUACUCUAGUCUACGGUGCAAUGCCAUUUGAUGGUGCCAACUUUAAAAGGCUUGUGAAGCAAAUUAGUCAAGGUGAUUAUUUCGAACCUAAAAAACCCUCUCGAGCGUCUCCAUUGAUCAGGGAAAUGUUAACGGUUUCUCCUCAACGGAGAGCUAAUAUCGAACAAAUCUGUAAUCACUGGUGGGUAAAUGAGGGUUACCAAGAAUCCUGUUUGGACUUGGCUGAGGAAUUGGCUAAUCAAACACCUGUUCGAUUGGAUGUACUGUUAUCACUGGCUCCACCAUCAGUAACAUCGGAUCAAUUGGUGGUGGGGAACAAUCAGGAAGAAUCCAAACCCAAGGAACGAAUACAACGAAGUCGUUCUGUAGGUUCCAUAAUUGAUAUGGGAAGUACUGAAGCUGAAAGGCGAAUAUUGGACAUGGUGGCUGCAGGAGGAGAAGCUGCAUUGAUGCCAUCGCCUACACGAACGAUAACACCAGCCGAAAGUAGUCCGGCACAACCGAAACGUAAGCUAGAACCGACAGUAUCCACAGAGAACGCUACAGGGGCAGUAAAAAAGAAAGAAAAAGCUGCAGAGAAAUUGAAAUCAGACCUGUCCUAUACGGUGAUUCCAGAAGUUAUGGAUGUCGAAACACCUCCUUCCCCAGGUCAAGAAUCGGAGCCAGUGGUUGUAUCAGCUCAAACUAAACCAGAACCACCACAGCAAGAAACCGAUGCCGAAACUCCCACAGCCGCAAUAGAUGUAUUAGAAGAUUUACUAAACCUUGAGAAUAUGUGCGAUGAAUUACUGCAAGAAACUGCCACACCACCUACAAGCAAAGCUUCAUCACCAGAAGAUUCGAAACAACCAACAACGACUGCUGUUGAAGUUGAACCAAUCAUUUCUCCCCCACCCAAAGUAGAAUCACCACCGAAAACUGUCGCUGGAGUUAAGGCCCAAUUGGAAAAGAUUGAAAAGGCUGAUAAACCAACAGAUAAAGUUCCAAUGAAAAAAGUAUUCAAUAAAAAUAAAACGGCUGACCUUGCUUCAGCCAUAAACCAAGUGUCCAAACAGGACCAAGAAUUCGCGCAAGUUAAAUCUGCUUCCAACCUGGAACGCAAGAAUAGUCUUCCGGAGGAAAACCUAACAAAAACUUCCGAAAGACGAAAAUCUCGUAUAUUGGAAACGGCAGAGAAGUUCCAGAAUUUGAAUAACCAGAACAACGACAAGUUUAAAAAGUUUUCUCUCCCAGGAAUUCCAACAGUGGGCAAUUACAAAAAGGAAUUCGAACGCAAAACUUCAAUGAGUAAUUCCUCCAGUGCUCCAUUUAGACCGUCUCCUUAUGAAAUGCAGCGAAUGACGGAAAAUGAAUUUUCUUCACCCGAGAGAAGUCGCCAAAAUAGUUUUACCGAUCUACAAACUGUACUUUCGCCAAGCGACGAGAAGAUUGUUGGACGGAGCGAUUCUGAUGAACUUAGAGAAAGUGAUUCCAGAAGCUCCAUAGGCAAAUUUUCUCUAGAAGAAGCACGCAAAUCAAUGGAAAAUUCAAUAGCUUUACUUAACAGAGUGCGUACAGAGCCUAGCUCAGUUGACCAACUAUGUGCUAAAACUCAGAAUGUUUCGAUGACAGAAGAAACGGAGCGGGAGCGAAAAUUGAAAAACGCGCGUGAAAUAAUUGGCAAUGCUAUCCCAAUCGGACGAUUGCGUAAGCCCCCAAUGCCAUUCGGUGCCAACGGCCGCGCAACUACUACUGGGGGACUUGGUCUCAGCAGCUCUUCAUCAGGCAAGCCGUUCCGUUCGGACUUUGUUGAACCAAAACUGGAUACGAUGUCUGUACCUAGAAAAGUUUCUGUGGGUAGUAUUUCAACUCCUCCAGCAGAUGAAACGAAAACAUCACAUGCUGAAAUAACGCUCAAGUCAGCAACACUUCCUCGAAGAAAGCUUGGAAAACCGGAUUCUCCAACAAGUGCCAAGGUUGAUGUUCCAUCUCCUACUGUUCCUCCACUUUCUACAAUGCGCUUUUCAACAGAAAUGCAACAUCAAAUUCCGGAUCUCCGCAGUGCACCGAUCAGAGAACAUCCUAUUGCAUUCACUGUACAACAACGUGCCAACAGUCUGGAACCACAAGGCAAAGAACAUACCAUACCAAUUCAAAAGCCACCAACUUAUCAACGAACGGCACCGAAUGCUCAAUUUGGUGGUGCAGCACGGAAUUCGCUCUCUCGCCAAUCAACAAACGAAUCCAACGAUUCAGACGUUACUCCUUCUCAAAGCGGUACCCAGAUGCCCCAUGUUCCUGGAGGAAUCUCUGCUAACAGCAGUGGAACUACUAUGCCCAUCAAAAAGAGUCCUAGGGAAUUUAUCAUCCCAAUCGCAGUGGAAGGUGGAGGAAUAGUGACUCCACGCGCCAACAGCUUAGAACCAUCUGAAUCAAACCUUACUACCGGAUCGACUGGAUUCGGAUCGAAGUCAAGAUUGGGACGUCCACGCAAGAUUGGAUCGCUACUCGGGGAAAGAGAACCAGAGGAAGAGUCUGCAUUCCCUCGACUCAACAGGCACACGUCUCUGGGACGGGAAAGCGAUUCGGAAGAACCCCGGUUCCACACCAUGCAUCGUUUAAGGAGCUCUCGUCCAUCAAAACGUGGCACGGCAGAACCAAACAACGAUUCGGCAAGCUCUGGAGAGGAGGAUGACGACGAUGGAUUCGAAAUACUAACAGCGGAGAACCUAUUUUCUACUCUCUUAUCAAGGGUUCGGGCGCUCACCAACCGUUUGAACGUCACCGAGCCGAGCUCAACUGGAUUCCCUUCUUCACGUUUCAUGAGCAACCUCCGGCAAACGCAACCGUUUUGGCAUCAUCAUGAUCCAUUUUCCAAAUCACGAUUCACAUAUUCUUAUCGAAAUGAUUCGAUAGAAACCAACGAAUUUCGGCUAAACGGAGGCAAUACCAGUUCCUGGCGCCACAGCAUGUCCCGUGAUCUCAGUUCGGAUAUCGAUUCCAUGUUUUCGCGCUCCGGUGCCACACUUCCUAGAGCAACAAGUACUACAACAACGCUUAACAUGCAACGAAUAAAUCAAAGAUCUAAAAUUUACAAACCACCAUACAGUAGCAAUAGCGAUGUAACAAAUCAUAACAAAUACGGCAGCUUUACCGGAAAUAAUUUGAACAAUAAUGUGUACGAAGACCCCAUAAACAUGAGCAGUAAUAAUAUAAAUGAUUCAUAUCCAGUACUACAGAAUAACUCGAACAGUCAUAGUACUAAUAUAUUGAACAAUAAUUACGCUACCCAUGAGCAGAGUCCGAUAUCUAAUGGAGAAGAGGUCCUAGAUUUGGGAGAUCUGGACUUAUCACAGCUCAAGUUAACGAAGAAAGAUUUAGAAGCGCUUUCUAGUAUUACCCCUGCUUUGUCACAGAGCGUUCAAGAGCAACUUUUGGCACAAUUACCACCACAACAAGCUAAAAAGUUGUCUCGAACACUGUCGAUGCAGAAUAGAAACAGUGAUACUGCAAAUCACUUUUCAUCAAACAGCAAACUGUUCAAGCGAAGCUUCAGUAAUAACACAAGCCGUGCUACAACCGAUUCGGUAGAUUUGUAUAAAUCGUCCGAAACACGCGAUAGUUUAACACCAACUAACGAUCUCUGUGAGUCUGGUGUUUACCAUCAAAGAAGACUGCCCAAAUCGGAUAGAAGCUCCAGGAGCUCCAGUACUUCGAGAGAUCUUAUAUCACCGCCACCACUACCGCCACCAAACUUUAACGAAGAUUUCUCGGUAUCAUCAUCCUCACGUUUUCCCUAUGCAAACGAGAGUCAUGAAAGGAUCCGAUCUUACGAGAAAUACACCCCUUAUCUUUCAUCAAAUAAAUUCAGUAAACCCGAACACGAACGAUGCAAAUCGUUAGAAUACGAGAAACAGCUGAGCUUCGAAUCACAACAUCCCCCUGGUUCAUCAUGUUCAAGCCCUCCUGUUCAUGAACGAUACGGUCGGCCUCCAAGCGGCUACACAUCUCCUCCUCCAGUCAGUUCAUAUUCAUCCGGCUAUUCCAGUCAACGCUCUACUAGUGGGAGACGCAUUUCGAGAUUCUUGCGCCCCGACUUUUUCGAUCCACCCAAAGAUGCAGGCGAAGAAACAGCAGAUCGGAUGCGCAGGGAGCAGGAAACACAGAAAGUACUUAAAGAAAUACGAGAACAAAGUCGAGAUCGGAGUGUGGAACGCUUUGAAACUUCUAUGAACAAGUCAUCCGAUCGCUUAACUUACUUUAUGGAAAAAUACCGAAAAGAAGAUUUGGACAGUGUUAAACAAAAGCGACAUAGCGUAUAUGAAAAAAUUAAUACAGGUGAAACCUCUCAGACUGACAGCCGUAAUAUGCGUAGCUUGUCGCGAUCACGAGAAGCUGUUGACACAAAUCUCUCUAUAAACGACAAAAAUGACUCACAAUUUUCAUUUUCCGAUCGUAUAUUGGAUGAAUUACAAUCAUUGGGUAUAAUGCAACAGGUAACACAUGAUACAAAACCCGCCAAAAGUAAAAGCAAAGAUAACAUUACCGAUAUCGAAACAAGGAAAACGUCAGAAGGUACCACAGCUUCUAAUAAUUGCUCUAAGUGCAAAAAUUCCAUUCAGCCACAAGUUGAGGAAUCGGCUGACGACCCUUUAAAUUUGUGCUUAGAUGAACCCCUCACAGAGCCCAUUAUUGGCUCAAGUACCACCAAAGUAAUAAAGGUUAAAAAAGUAAAAAUCAAACCAAAACUCGAUGCUGAAGGUAACCCUGUUACAGUAACUGUUAAAAAGGUAAAGAAAAUUAUCAAACCAACUUCUGAAAAUUCCGCAACCGAAACAUCAAAACUGGUAAACGAUGAACAAAAAUCCGACGACAGUAAGUCGAAAACGGUCAAAAAAGAAUCAAAACUGAUUCGUCCAAAAUCUUACCCAUCAAAAGAACCGGAAACAUCCUUGACAGCCGACACCUCUUACGAUUCUGCUGCAGCUAUAAAUCAACAAAAUGAAGACUCAUAUAUUCCUGAGUGUAAUACGAAAAAUACUUUCAUAUCAGCAAGUUCGGCGAGCAAAAUAGCAAGGCCGAAAAGCUUCCCUAGCUCUAAACUUACACCUCCAAAAGAGGUCAAACUCUUGAAGAACCAUUCCGAUAGUCCUGUUCUAUCCGCGAUCGUAGAGAAACAAAUUCAAGAAAAACCCGAAGAUGCUAGUAAUUUGCCACAGUCUAGCAAUUCCACAAGCGAAUCGACGCAAACCUCUAAACAAACCGAAACGGUAUCGACUUCAGAAAUCGUAACCCGUGUACCGGGUACAACGAAAAAGGUUCGCAAAGUUAUACGGGUGGUGAAAAAGACUGCGGCUGCCAAAUCCGAUUCUUCCACUAAAAGUGGAAGUGAGGAAAAAUCCGAUGCCAAGAAAACACAACUUUCCAACAAGACACCAGAGAGCAGGGAAAGCCCCAAGCCAGUCGAAACGAAGGAGACUAAGACUAAACGGGUAGAGAUUGUGUCUCCCGAACCAAAACAAAAAUCAAAAUCACCGGAGAAAAAGGUUAAACAAGGGUUCCUCGCUAGUAUAGGCCAAAAGUUUGAAAAGCUUCGUGAUGCAAGCAAAUUAAUGAAAGAUAAAAAAGUAACACAGGAAAAUGGAGUGAACGAAGCAUCGAAGCAGGAGGAUGGCGAAAAGGUAGCAGCACCGAUAAACAAAGAAAAGAAAAAAAGUCAAGCUUUUUCGAAUGAUACAACUUUAGCUGAUGAUACAUCAAUGCAUGAAGAAGAAAAAACGAAUCGAAAAUCCAGAAUCGAUCAAGUAAUUCGAAAUUUAAGAGAGCUUUCGGUUCCUCGUGCACCCAUUUUGACAGAAUCAAACUUGAUCAAACGAGCCGUCAGUGUGGAGGAAAUGCCAGAUACAUUCAAUAAAUGUAGUGUCAAUAAGGUACUAGGAUUAUUUAAAAAAAUUGAAAAAGAUAGUAAAACUAAUAAAGUUCUCAAUACAAAGUCCUCUAGUCAUAUCGAUACAAUGGCAGACGUGGCGCUGUUAAAUGUUACGCUCGAUAACCGGAACAGCAACAUAAGAGUCGGCAAUUGUAAAAUUGGUCAAUCAGUGCAGGAAGAAGAUCGUGCGAAAUCCGGAAAUUUUACCAGUAAAAUACGCAAACCUUACAGUGGCACAAAAAGUGACACCGUGCUCACUGUAACUGAGCAAGAGUGUAAGUCCACGAACCUAUUGUCGGUAAAUUGUCAUAACGAUGUCUAUUUAUCUCACAUUCCGGUCAAGUACAGUUGCCCAGACUGUUAUAAACAAGAAGCUAACAAGGAUCAAUUUGUUCGACGACAGUCGACCAUUACUGAUGAGGCUCGAAAACUCUCGCUGGACGAGAAAGAACGCGUCAAAAGCAACCGUCGAGCGCUAACUUUAGACUUUAGCAAACUCGACGACGGUUGCCAUGCUAAAAGUAUCAAUAACAACUACAGCUACCCUCCUCCAUUACCCAACGGCAUAUCAAAUUCCACAUCCACGACCAACAACAAUUACACCAUGAACAUGAACACGCUUACACCUUCCUAUGACAGUAUUAUCAAUUACUCUUCAGGAUCGCGCAGCAGUCCCUAUGACGAUUGCAAUUCCUCCAGUACAUUUAUGUCUCCCUCUGAAGAACCAGAGUUCUACUAUGACAACUGGUCCAUCUGCUCAGAUGACCACAACAACAUGCUUAGCGCUUCGCCUUCCAUGUCAAGAUUGUCUCGGUUAACUUAUUUGAACUCUAUCUCUCCGAUAGAUAACGAUUCAGAAAGUGUAAUAGAACGGAUUCGUAGAAAAAGUUUCUAUACCCGCUUUAAUGAAAACAAACCGAAGCGAGUGAGCACUGUUGUUGGUUCCCUGAUAACACCGAAGGAAUAUCAACGCGAUCAAUCUCUUUCACGGAGUGGACAACUGUCUACCCGUUUGAAAGAGUAUGGUAAGUCAUCAUCAUCGCCCGUUGCAAGCGCCUUCGCAGCCAGUGGCGAACGCUCGAAAAACAACUACGACCAUUAUUAUCGCUCACUCACCAGAACGCCAAGUACCAACAAAAGUCACAAAUAUGCAGGAACCAACGAUCAACACUCAAAGUCGACUGCGCUAGGCGACAGUGAUCUAUAUCACCACCACCAUCAUCAACAUUACUACCAUCUUCCCAUAUCUAACUCAUCUCGGAAACUAAACUUCUCCAGUAACGAUUCCUCCGAUAACCUCAAUAACUACAACACUAUCGGUAGACAAUCCACCUCGAGAAACACUUUCUACGAAUCCUCGUCACCACUUUAUUACGCCACAUACAACCCCCGACGGCGUUCAUCGUGCGUCACAGCUGCUAAUCUUACAUCAUCCUCUUCAUCAAUAGCACUAGAUAAUGCUGCCGCCAGUACAUCGACAGUGUCCACUGCCACCGAAAACGAUCGCAUCUUGAAAAAGACUUCCUCGACCACAACUUCCUCUUCAUCCACGCCUCCCCAGUCUUUGGCGGAAGGGAUUGGCGGCACUGGGCGUAAACUUCGGCCCUACGAGACAAGAAGCAUUUCGUCACUGAAUCCUUCCGGAUCGAAAGAAUCUCGAUAUGGAGCUUACGACAACUCCGGGGCAACGAGAAACGGCAGCUCCAGCUCUAACGGUCGCCUGCGGAAUUCGUCAAUUCCUAGAAACCCUACCAAUGUUUGACUGUCAGUGGGUGAUAAGAAGGCAGAGUUUUAUUACAAUAACUUUUAGCGAACGAAAACAAUCGCUAAGAACCGGAAGCAAUGUAAUUGUUUAGAAUUAUGAGCAUAUUUUUAGCGAAUUAUACUAGGAUUCAAAUAGAUUUUUACGGUUUAACUCUAGAUACAAAUAUGUAUGUAGAUUGUAGAUACUGGUAUCAAGCAGUCGUUUCCCGAAUGCCAAAUCAUUUAAAUGAAUCAGCGUGAUGAUUUGAAUCCCAAAACAUAGCUCAUUUUCAGGAGUGAGAGAGAACUGAUAAGACAGAAAGGAUAAUUGUAAUUUAAGUCGCUGUGUUAUGAAGAUUGAUAUUUGUAGAGAACAAAUGAUUUUGAAAACAUUUUUAGCAGUUAACGAAAAUGAGUUAUUUAAUUUUAUAUACAACAAAAUUAAAUAUAACGUCUUUUACGCCCAUAUCCAAUGUUGCAACGAAUUGUCAUUAGGAAAAUAAAUUGUGAUUGAAAUAUCACCUGG